UCUAAUAUUGUCCCUCUCUUUUUAGAGUGACGUGCGUCGUGGGCAAGCUGGACUGCCUCGACUUUCUCCUCUUUUUCAAAAUAUUUUCAUGAAGCUACCAUUCCUAACAAGUGCUUCUAAUAGAAACAGAAAUAUAUUUUUUACCGAAGGUAAAUAACGUUGACGAUUCAAAAUGAGUCGGUUUUUCGCGACUGGUACGGACUCCAGUGAGGAGAGCUCCAGCGAGGAAGAUCAGGUAGUGCGCCCAGCAGCCCCCGUCUACACGUUCAGUGAUGACGAGGAGGAAACAAAGCGCGUUGUGCGUUCCAUGAAAGAGAAGAGGUACGAAGAAUUAGAUGGAAUCAUCCACAAUAUUCGUAAUCACCGCAAGAUCAAGGACUUCUCAUCAGCUCUAGCUUCCUUUGAAGAGCUUCAGAAAGCUUACACCCGAGCAGCUCCCGUUGUAGCUAAGGAGGAAAAUGGCGUUGCUCCUCGGUUCUUCAUCAGAGCACUGGUGGAACUUGAUGAUUGGGUCACCGGAGCCUGGGCGGACAGGGACAGCAGAAAGACCCUGAACAAGGGCAACAGCAAAGCCCUGACCUCUUUGAGGCAGAAGCUCAGGAAGUACACUAAGGACUUUGAAGCGGAGAUCAGCAAAUUCCGUGAGAACCCGGACUUGCCUGAUGAUAAUGAGGAAGAUGAGGAGAGGAAAGAUUCCUCCUCCGAAGAUGAGUCAGAAGAAGAAAAGAAGCCUAAAGAGAAGGCUAAAGCCAGACGCUCGCCGGAGCCUCCGCGACGCCCGCCUCCUGAAGACGAUGACUCCUCCGACUCCAUGGACUGGGGCUCGAGCUCCGACGACUCCAGCUCCAGUUCUGACGACGAGGCCCGCGGUGCCAACACCCUCCGAGACAAGUUCUUGAAGAAGACCACGGAGAGGGAUGAAGAUGAGGAGAAGGAGAAAAAGAAGAGUAGGAAGGGACGGGAACGCAAGAUUGCCAAGAAGGACCAGGCUGAUGAUGGUGGCGAGUGGGAGACCGUCAGGAAGGGUGCUGCCACUUCGGACAAGCCUAAGAUGUUUGCUAAGGACAGCGACAUCGACGCAGCCCUAGUGGUGAAGAAGCUGGGCGAGAUCAGCGCCGCCCGCGGCCGCAAGCGCACCGACCGGCGCGCGCAGCUCGAGCUCCUGCACGAACUUCGCACUGUUGCCCAGCAACACAACCUGGGCGACGCGCUGCAGCUCAAACUGCGCGCCGCUACUGUCGCUGCCCUCUUCGACUACAACCCUAAGGUGUCCGACGCCAUGAAGCCCGAAUACUGGUCACGUCUCGUAGAGAACGUGGACCACAUGGUCACCCUACUCCUGGCCCACGAGGACAUGGUCCUCAGUGAGUCCAUCACCGAAGAGAACGAGCAGCUGGUCACCCCACCGUACCGCGUGCGCGGCUGCCUCCUCACCGCCUUGGAGCGACUAGAUGACGAGUUCACCAAGCUCCUUAAAGAGUGCGACCCUCACUCCAACGAAUACGUAGAGAGGCUUAAAGAUGAAGUCCGCGUUUCUGCCUUAAUUGAUCGCGUAUGCCUCGUCGUCGAGCGAGACGGUUCGCCUCAGGAAAUCUGCCGCGCGUACUUGCGUAAAAUCGAUCACUUGUACUACAAGUUCGACACUAGAGCCGUCAGGAAAGACCUGCCUCCGGGCGAGGAAACUUCGAUCAAGAAGAUGGAGCGUCUCUGCAAGUACAUCUACGCUCAUGACGAAUCUGAUCGUCUUCGUACUCGCGCUAUUCUCUGCCAUAUGUACCAUCACGCGCUUCAUGACAACUGGUUCCAAGCUCGAGAUCUGCUUCUUAUGUCGCAUCUUCAAGAGACUGUGCAGCACUCUGAUCCGAGUACGCAGAUCUUGUACAACCGGACAAUGGCUAACUUGGGUCUUUGCGCGUUCCGUCGCGGCAACGUGAAGGAAGCUCACGGGUGCCUGGCUGAGCUGAUGAUGACCGGCAAGCCUAAGGAACUCCUAGCCCAAGGAUUACUGCCUCAGCGUCAGCACGAGCGGUCCAAGGAGCAGGAGAAGAUUGAGAAGCAGCGGCAGAUGCCGUUCCACAUGCACAUAAACUUGGAGUUGCUGGAGUGCGUGUAUUUGGUGUCGGCCAUGAUGAUUGAUCCUUAUAUGGCUGCGCACGAGUUUGAUGCGCGUCGGCGUAUGAUCAGCAAGACCUUCUACCAGAACCUGCGCGCCAGCGAGCGCCAAGCCCUGGUCGGGCCUCCGGAGUCCAUGCGAGAGCACGCCGUGGCGGCCGCGCGGGCCAUGCGCCGCGGCGACUGGCGCGCCUGUCUCGACUACAUCGUCAACGAGAAGAUGAACGCCAAGGUGUGGGACCUGAUGGUGGGCGCCGACAAUGUUCGCGCCAUGCUGGGCCGGCUCAUCCGCGAGGAGUCGCUCCGCACGUACCUGUUCACGUACGCGCACGUGUAUGCCUCGCUGUCGCUCAAGUCGCUCGCGGACAUGUUCGAGCUGCCUCGCCAGAAGGUCCACUCCCUGGUGUCUAAGAUGAUCAUCAACGAAGAGCUGCUGGCGUCGCUGGACGACCCCAGCGAGUGCGCCAUCCUGCAUCGCUCGGAGCCCACCCGCAUGCAGGCACUCGCCUUGCAGCUCGCCGACAAGGUCGGCAACCUCGUAGAUUCGAACGAGCGUAUUUUCGAGAAGCAAGGCUCGUUCUUCCAGCGCGGGGGCGCGGGCCGCGGCGACGGGCGGCAGCGCGAGCGCAUGCGCGAGGGCGGCUGGAACCGCCGCACACGCAACCGUCGCCGCGACGACGACCGCUCGCACGACGAGUGAGCGUGUGCGCAGCCCCAGCCGCUCUAGCCGACUUGGGGGGCCUACAGACCAACCGACCAAACCUAACCGACAACCUCACAUAUUAUUAUACAGAACAUACCGCAUUAACAUCUAUUGCGUAAUAUUGAUCGGUUGGUGUGUUACCUCUCUUCCCUCCAAGGAGCCGAUGCACUUGUACGGGGUAAUUGUGCUUGAAAAAGUGCAAUUACCCCGUAAAAAGCAAAGUGUAUAGAGCUUAUGCUCGCGUUUUCGCUCCGUGUACCUAACUGUUGGUUAGAUCGACCGUCAAGUUCUUAAUUGGUUCCGUAAAUUUCAAUAGCCUGGUUUCAAUCGCUCGCAUUGUAAUUGCAGUGUAAUAAAAUUAUUAAAUUUGUCACAAACUGUG